AUGCUUAACAACAACCGCCGCCGCCCAACGUCAGUCAAUAACCCCGCCCUCCACCCAAAGCUCCCGGACCGGUGCCGCUUGUCUUCCAAAUUAAUUUCCUCAAAAUUUUUCGCUCGAUUGUUUCCCCCAUGGCCCGCCACGAUAUCAAGAAAGGAGGGUGGAAGAUCCGCGGAUGAUAUCAUUAGGGACGGGGCUUUUGAUUAUGGACUCUCCGUCAUCCACGAUAGAUUGUUGUCGACUUUAGGGACUACAAACACAACCAGUCUCUAUUGUGAACAGUAUUGGAGGAUGACCCCGGUCCUGUGGCCAAAAAGGCAUGAUAGGUGGCUGCAAAUCUCGACUUACGCAAUGAGCGGAGUGAGGAAGUAG